AUGGUGUCGUUGGCACCGUCUCUUAAGCUCUCAAAGGCGAACUACCGCAUCUGGGCGAUGGAUAUGGAGAUAUAUCUUGACUCUCACGAUCUAUGGCAAGCGAUAGUCAAAGAGAAUGUACCCAAGAAGAAAGAUCGGUUGGCAUUGUUGGCAAUCUUUAGCGCAAUUCUGGAAGAAAUGAUGACUAUGCUUGAUGCAAAGAAGAAAUUCUUCGGUCGCGAAAUCUUGGCAUGGACAGAGUGA